AUGUUGUUCCCUUUCACCUUCUCCCUGGUGCUUCUUACCCAUUACAUUCUUCCAUGUAUCUUGCUGACUACAAUCCUCAAGCGUUUCCGGUGCUUUGGGGAUUUGGAUGCUCCGGAUUGGAUCCUGGCCGAGAUCGCGUAUCUAUCAAAGAUAUCCUCUGUGCGCAUGAAACUCAUAGCGUCUCAAGUGAUCGCCAGCAUGAAGGGCCAGCCCCUAGAUUACGUCAAGAUUGCGAAGCUGACGGGAGACGCGGGGUUUGAGGUCUCGCAGGUGAAGGCAGCAGUUGCUGUCCUUGAGUACAUCCUGACGAACGCGGCGAAAUACGAUUGUGACGCGAAUGUGCUGGAGACGGAGUUACAGCAGCUGGGGUUGCCGAAGGAGCAUACUACAGCACUGUCACGCCCUUACAAAGAGAGCCAAGAGAGCCUGCGGCAUCAUCUUGCGAACCAGACGCUGAAGCUGCCAGGACUCACCAAGGUUGACUGGAGGUCGGAGGCAGUCUUAGGCUCGAGCUUGGGUAAGGACGUGCGUUCAGUCUCCGGUCAUCUUCUCCUGGAAACCGGAGGCCGCAAGGUCGGUUUCGAGAUCUCACAAGACAAGCUGACGGCCUUGCAUGGGGAACUGCUAGCAGCGAAAUCUUUGAUGGACAGUGUCAAGAACGGAAUUUAAUCUCCCUGUACAAAAUUAAACAUAACGUCUGAU